UGUGAAAUGGUUAGUAUAAAAGUAAUAGAAAUGUUGGUUAAAACAUUACAUUUCUUUUGACAAGGAAAAGUAACACAUCACAAAAUGUCUCGCUUCGCCAUCUUCGCCCUGUGUGUCCAGGCUUGUCUGAUACAGGCGGUCUUCAGCCAACAGUGUGGUUGUAAUCAAAUCUCUUAUGGAUCGCCCGGCCUCAUCGAGCUCGGCGGCAUCGAGAAAAUAAGCCUAAGCGCACCCAGUGCCAGCAUCAGCUACAGUGCACCUAGCAUCAGUGUGAGCUCACCCGGCUACGCAUCCGCGUCGUACGGCGGCGCGGGCACCGGCCAGGUCGGCGUGUCCGGCGAUAUCGGCGCGAGCGGCCAGACCGUCGUCGUCGGCUCCGUGCCCGUGCUCGGCUCCGUCGACUUCGGUGGCAAGGUGGCUGCAUCCGGCUCCGUGUCUAUCUCCGGACAGUGCGGAUGCGGGUGCAAAGCUUAAGGUUUAAUAUUUAUCACAAUAAAAUUAAUUAACAUUAAAA